AUGAAGUGUUUAGUCAAAUCCGGUCUCAGCCUGCUGGGAGUGCUGCUACUACAGCUCCACGCAGCCAGCGGAGACUUUGGUCUUCCGGUGAUCAUCGGCGGUGCCUCCAUCGUGGACAACAGCGGUGCGCAGGUCGAACGUACGCUGGAAGAUAUCACAAGCGCCUACGGGUACAUACCGACCGACGGUCCGGUGGUGGCGUUCAACGAAGCGGCCAUCGCCGUGCAGGCGAUCCUUGCCCAGGUUGUGCUCGAACUCGAACCCAUCGCUUCCACGCUCCGUGCGCUCGCUACGGACGAUGAAGGGCCGGUGGAGCCACUAUUCGAUAACGUCACUUCCAACAUCGACACCACGCGAGCGUUUCUAGCUACACCGGCCCAGGCCCUGCUGACCACGGUCCAGACCGAGGUGAGCGUUUACGUGCGGGACGAGCUGAACGAUUUCCUAACCACGAUCGAUGGCUCGUUGAGUGAUCUGAGAGGCUCACUCGUCACACUCCGGACGGGAGUGAUCGCGGCUCGAACGGCUGCUAGCGCCAACGACGACGACUACAGUGCGGCCCAGAACGUUAGCCCCGCGCUGGUGGUGGACGUUCAGACCAAAACGCAGGCCCUCCGAUCGAACCUGACGGACGCUAGCGUUAUUGCGUUCGAAACCGAACGUACCAUCGUGAUGGCGAACGGAUUCGUCGGAAGCAGUAACGCCUCUGCGGAGGCCACUUUCCUGAAGGAACUCUUGGAUACCGGACUGUUCGCGGACUACAGCCAGGUGGUGGCCCAACUCACGAACCUGACGACGCUCGUCGGAACGGAGCUACCCCUCGUGAACGGCACGCUCCGUCAGUUUGCUGCCAACUUUUCGCAGCUAAUCACCUCGCUAGGGCAGCAGUACGGUGCUGUUCAGACUACGUACGGACGCGUAACGGCCGGCAUCGCCGAUAACCUGCUCAAUGCCUACAAAAUGUUGUUCAGUACGGCGGCCGGAUUUAUAGACGCGUUUGUCCGUAAUUUCUACCCACCGAUUGAGCCGGCCAUCAUGAGCGUGGCGACGACGCUGGUUCAACGGGGACCGUUCGCUGACCAAUGCUUCGACGAGUACUACGCACUGAUCGAGAACUAUCUGUCCGGUGGUGAGCAAACGGUCGAGUCGUGCCUAGACGAUGAACUGUCCCGUGAGAAAACGCUGGCCGAGGCGCUUCUGGAGCUGAUCUACCAGUUGAGCUCACCCUUUGAAGACAUCGAUCAGAACCUGACCGUUUGCUACAGGCUAUCGCUUUCGGAUGCUUCCUCGGCCACCGGCUGUUUGCAGGAGCUAUCGACCUAUUCCCAACCGCUUCCGUGCACGGCCACGAAGGAGUACGCCACGUUGCUGCAGCUGCUCUGCAAAGAAGUCGACUCACUGCGGUACCGCCUGUGGGCUUGCAUGUCCCGCGAUACGACCGACUAUCCGGCUCAGGCCGCGCAAAUAGUGCUCGAUGCCGCAAGUUGCCCCACCACCGGACAGUGA